AGGAAAAGGGGGGCACUGUCUGGCUGCGAGAGCGAUGGACGUACAGUGAGACACAAACAGUGGGAGAAGUUCAGCACCACGGACAGCGCAUCAGUGCUGGACAGCGUAAAACAAUAGUUCAGCACCAUGGACAGUGCAUCAGCGCUGGACAGCGUAAAACAAUAGUUCAGCACCAUGGACAGCGCACCAAUGCUAGACAGCGGAAAACAAUAGUUCAGCACCAUGGACAGCGCAUCAGUGCUGGACAGCGGAAAACAAUAGUUGCGUGGCUUUCAGUGGGUCGUGCAUUUAAAUCUCUGUUGUUCUGGUUCCUUUUAGGUGGAACCUCGCUUUUCCUAUUUCCUUCUUUUUUUCCUGUUUUUCCUUUUGUCAUGUUGUUAAAUAAGGGAGCGCAGUAGGGAUAACUGCUUUCCGUUUGAAGCACUGGUUAUCCUGUUUGGCAGCGCAAUCCUUACAUCAUCGAGAGGCAGAGGAGGCAGGAAGGGAGAGAGGGAGAGAGGGAUUGAGGGAGGGAGGGAGCGGGAGAGUGAGAGUACUUGCACCGGGCUCCUCUCUGUCAGUCCUCAACUGCUUUGCGAGGCUGACGGACCUCACCGGCGCGCUCGCCCCGCAGCUCCGCGCUCCGCGCUCCCGCUCGCCAGCCGCAAAGAUGCGCCACCGCCGUCCUGCUCAGAACCCAGCGCUGUUGUGCUCCGCGCUCUGGAUUUUUUGCCAUGUCAGCGGUGCGCGUGGAGCUUUACCAACAACCCUGAAGUGUGAUGAGACUCUAGCCUCUCCUCUGCCUCACACAGCCUUCACCAGCUCAUCUGUCUUCUCAAAUGGAUACGCACCUGGAUAUGCCAAGCUCAACAGGAGAGGAGGUGCUGGUGGAUGGUCACCUCUGGACAGUGACCAUUAUCAGUGGCUACAGGUGGACCUUGGUUCCAGAAAACAGGUUAGCGCCAUAGCAACACAGGGUCGCUACAGCAGUUCUGAUUGGACGACGCGGUACCGUCUUCUCUACAGUGACACAGGGAGGAACUGGAAACCGUACCAUCAAGAUGGCAACAUUUGGGCUUUUUCUGGAAACUCCAACUCGGAGAGCGUAGUUCGCCACGAGCUGCAGCAGGGAAUCGUGGCUCGCUUCCUUAGGCUUAUACCGCUAGCCUGGAGCGAAGAGGGGCGGAUUGGUCUUCGCAUAGAAAUCUACGGAUGCUCCUACUGGGCGGAUGUGAUUAACUUUGAUGGCCAGGGUGUAAUUUCAUACCGGUUCAAGGUGAAGAAGAUGAAGAUCAUUAAGGACGUGAUAGCAUUGAGGUUUAAGACAUCAGAAAGCGAGGGUGUGAUUCUUCAUGGGGAGGGCCAACAAGGAGAUUACAUCACACUGGAGCUUCGGAAGGCCAAACUGCUUUUGCAGAUAAACCUCGGUAGUAACCAGUAUGGCUCCAUCCUGGGCCAUACCUCCGUGACCACCGGCAGCCUCUUGGACGACAAUCACUGGCACUCAGUGGUGAUUGAACGCUACCGCCGCAACGUCAACUUCACAUUGGACAGACACACUCAGCAUUUCAGGACCAACGGAGAGUUUGAUUAUCUUGAUUUGGACUAUGAGCUGACCUUCGGAGGGAUGCCUUAUAGCGGAAAGCCAGUCGGCGGUGGGAGGAAGAACUUUAAAGGCUGCAUGGAGAGUAUAAACUACAACGGAGACAACAUUACAGACCUGGCUCGUAGAAAGAAGCUGGAUACAUCCAGCUUUCAGCGCAAUCUGUCAUUCUCCUGCGUGGAGACCCACACCUUCCCAGUCUUUUUCAAUGCCUCCAGCUUCCUGCAGCUGCCGGGUAGAGCCAGUCACAACAUGGUGUCUGUGGGCUUCCAGUUCCGUACGUGGAACCCCGACGGCCUUCUCCUCUUCAGCAAUCUGGAUGAAGGCACGCUGGAGAUCUCUUUACUGGACGGCAAAGUUGUGGUUCACAUAAACGCAUCAAAUGCAGACAGAAACCACCAAGUUGAUCUAUUGUCUGGUUCAGGUCUCAAUGACGGCCAGUGGCAUGCGGUACGCUUGGUCGCCAAGGAGAACUUUGCCAUGUUGACAGUAGAUGGCGAAGAAACAUCUGCAGUGCGUUCCACUUCCCCUCUCAGCAUCAACACAGGAGGAACGUACCACUUAGGAGGCUACUUUUUGCAGACACUGUUCCCACCCUCCCAGCAUUCCUUUCAAGGGUGUAUGCAAGCAAUCCUGGUGGAUGACCAGCCGGCUGAUUUGCAUGCUGUGGAGAAAGGCACUGUUGGAGCUUUUGAGAAUGUCAGCCUGGACAUGUGUGCAAUUAUAGACAGAUGCAUGCCUAAUCACUGUGAACAUGGAGGUCGGUGCAAGCAGACCUGGGAGAGCUUCAGUUGUACCUGUGAUGGAACAGGAUACAGUGGAGCAACCUGUCACACUUCUGUCUACGAGCCUUCAUGUGAGGCCUACAAGCAUAUGGGCAAGUCCUCUGACUCUUACUGGAUUGACCCUGAUGGCAGUGGACCACUUGGCCCCUUCAAAGUCAAUUGUAAUAUGACAGAAGAUAACGUGUGGACAACAGUUGUGAACAACCUUCCACCAAAGACGGUGAUCACUGGCUCCAGUAGAGAGAAGCGCACUGUUCUGCAGGUCAACUACAGUGCCUCCAUGGAACAGGUGACAGCCAUCACCACCAGUGCAGAAUACUGUGAACAGCAAAUUGCCUACAGCUGUCGCAUGUCCAGACUGCUCAACACUCCAGAUGGGACCCCCUUCACGUGGUGGGUGGGCCGAGGAAGUGAGAAGCAUUCAUACUGGGGAGGCUCAGGCCCUGGCAUCAAGAAAUGCGCCUGCGGUAUUGACAGAAAUUGCACUGACCCUAAAUACGACUGCAACUGUGAUGCUGACUCCAGACAAUGGAGAGAAGACUCUGGUCUCUUGCUAUACAAAGAGCACUUGCCUGUCAGCCAAGUUGCUGUGGGUGACACAAACAGACCGGGGUCUGAGGCCAAGCUCACCGUCGGGCCACUACGUUGCCAUGGAGACAAUAACUACUGGAACGCUGCGUCAUUCACCACCCCAUCAUCCUACCUGCACUUUGCCACCUUUCAGGGUGAGACCAGCGCUGACAUCUCCUUUUACUUCAAGACAAGUGCCCCCUAUGGAGUCUUUCUGGAAAACUUGGGCAACACCGACUUCAUCCGUCUGGAGCUGAAAUCCCCGGACACUGUCUCCUUCUCCUUCGAUGUUGGAAACGGACCUGUGGAGCUAACAGUCCACUCAGCUGGGCCCCUCAACGAUGACCAGUGGCAUCAGGUGAUGGCGGAGCGUAACGUCAAAGAGGCGGUGCUCCUGCUGGAUCAGACUUACAGGACGUCCCGGCCGGCUCCAGCUCAGGGCCACACACGCCUGGAGCUGUUCAGCCAGCUCUACGUGGGUGCUGCAGGGGGACAGAGAGGGUUCCUGGGUUGUAUCCGAGCCCUCCGAAUGAACGGCAUUACUCUCGACUUAGAGGAAAGGGCCAAGGUAACGCCCGGGGUCGAGCCUGGUUGUCAAGGCCACUGUACCAGCUUUGGGAUGUAUUGCCGGAAUGGAGGAAAAUGCGUGGAGAGGUAUAACGGCUAUUUGUGCGACUGCACUGCAACUGCCUAUGACGGCCCGUUCUGCACGAGAGACGUCGGGGGGUUCUUCGAGUCGGGAACACUUGUGAGGUACAACUUCAUGCCCGAAGUGGUUCCAGGAGCCAGUAAGGAUUCAAAGGCCCUAACAAAGCAGUUACCACCACAUGAGGUCAAUCUCACGAAGGAGGAGCUGGCAUUCAGCUUCAGUACAUCCAGCGCCCCAGCUGUCCUCGUGUACGUCAGCUCAAAGACGCAGGAUUGCCUGGCUGUGGUGCUGAAACAGAAUGGUUCAUUGCAGGUCCGUUACAGCCUCGGGGGUCUAAAAGAGCCCUUUGCGAUCGAAGUGGAUCAGCGUAAUCUAGCCAACGGACAGCCGCAUAGCCUCAACAUGUCCCGCCACAACCGCAGCAUCACUAUUCAGCUGGAUCAUUACCCUCCUGUCAGUUACACACUCCCAGAUGCCUCAGACACACAGUUCAACCUGAUCAAGACUCUGUUCUUAGGAAAAGUCUAUGAAACUGGAUUUGUAGAUCCAGUGGUCGUCGAGCAUUACAACACUCCGGGUUUUAUCGGGUGUCUGUCGCGGGUGCAGUUCAACAGAGCGGCCCCCCUCAAGUCUGCGCUGAGAGCAGCGACCCAGGCCGCUGCAACAGCUGGUCAGCAGGACUCGCAACCAGCCGCCCCCUUCUCUGCGUCCUACCAGGGCAAACUGGUAGAGUCCAACUGUGGGGCGUCCCCUCUCACCAUCCCACCAAUGUCUGCUGCGACAGAUCCCUGGCAUCUGGACAACACAGAUGCAGAGUUUCCCUUUAAUGAAGAAAGAGUCAUUCCUGAUGGAGUCAACAGAGACUCUGCCAUCAUUGGAGGAAUAAUUGCAGUGGUGAUCUUCACCAUCCUCUGCACGCUGGUGUUCCUGAUCCGCUACAUGUUCCGCCACAAAGGCACCUACCACACCAACGAGGCCAAGGGCAGCGCCGAGUCCGCCGCCGAAUCGGCCGACACGGCCAUCAUCGGCACCGACAACCCCGAAACCAUCGACGAAUCAAAGAAGGAGUGGUUCAUCUAACGAGCAGCGACGGGACUCUGCAGAGAGGAAGCUGCUCAGCUUGUCGGGCGUGGAGGGGGUUCAAUCAAGAGACCGCUCACUGGAAGGAAAGAUCGCCGGCUUUUCAGUCGGACAACAAACUCCCAGAAGAAAUGAAAACUCAUGUACAGAUUUCUUUUUUUGUUUUUUUAUAUAAUAGAAAAAAAGGGGGGACACUUAUUCAAUAAAGCACAGCUGUUAGUGACUCGUAUAUACUAACCAGCUUGUCCUUCUUUGUAUCGUGCUUGGGAGUUUUCAGGAGUUCUUUGAAUACUGUACAUGACGAAAAUAUUACACUUGCUGGUUGGUGUGAUAGCAAAGAUUUAUUGACAGUCCCUAAUGCAUUUUGAUUUUAUAUUUUAACAAAAAUAUUAUAUAAAAUGAUCAAAGCCAAACUUUUCUUUUGGUUUUUUUAAGCACCAUUUUGUCAACACUCAUUCAUACCACUUGUACUGUAGUGAUACAGAAAUGACUGUGGAUGCCAAACGUUUAUUUGUAUAUAUUUAAUAUUUUGUGUCGCUUUUUUUGUUUAAAGAUUUAUUUAGAGUUUAAACACCUAUAAAAAAUGUCAUAUCUUUAUUACAGUUGUUUAUUAUAGUAUUAAUUUGUGAAAUACAGAGUUUUAUGUUUAGAUCUCCUAAUAAUAUGGGAGAUUCCCUCUGCGCAAAUGGAGUUUCCCAAGGAAUGAUGGGAAACUGUGACACUUCGUGGUCAUUUUAGCUCAUCGUCAUGGCAGCUGUUUUCUCGUUUUUGUUUACUGAAGAACAGGAGAGAAUAUGUAUUUAUUCUGAUAUGUUUCUUUGCCAAACACGCGAGUCUUACGCCGGAUUUUGAACAUUUCAUGUUUGGUUUUUGCAUUAUUUGUGGGCUGACACGUCUGCGGUGUACAUCAGUGUGUGUAUGUCAAAUUUAGGGUGAAAACAAGUGCCAGAGGAGGUGCCGCCUCCAUGGGGGAUGCACUGUUUUUCAAUGCAUUGGAGGUCCUGAAGCAGCAUGAACCUAAAAAACUAUCUGCAAACAUCCUAACCGUACCAGGGACAAGGUGAAAGUAAUUGGCUUCAAAAUCCUCAGUGCCUUUAAGAUCCUGUCGCCUUGCCCCCACUCUGCUUAACUGCUGCUGCAUGAAGUCCUUUCAGGUGUUCUUUAGCUGCCUGUCUAAAACGGUGCUGUUUUUUUCCUGAAUCUAAACUUGACUUAGCAAUUCCGAAUGCUCAGUUUGGUGGGGGAAAGCAGCAGACGCCGGUUUAAAGAGCUGAGCUGCAUAGCAAACAGGACGUUUCCUCCUACCCUCUGUGACGCACACACACAGAUGCAAAACACUCAUGUUUUAUCCAGCAUGACUCAACAUCUCUUGGUCCAUUUCCAGAGGGACGUGUCCACAAUGUGGAGGCGCGUGAAUCUAUUUCUGCUCCACUGUUGCACUGCUGUCUGGCAUCAACAGUCAUGCUCCAGCAAAAACACAGUUCUCCUUAUGUUUACAUUGUGUUACAGCUGCCAAUUCUAGUUUUUGGUGUGACUUUUCUACAUCUGUUUAGUCAAACAGCCCCAACCACUUUAACAUGAGUCAUAUCAGAGAUUUUGGGGCAGCUGAUGAUUUCAGUCUGCCCUCUACUGAGGCCUCAAAGACCAUGCACCCUGUCUCUCACGAUCAGACCCAUUAACGUGUCACCCUGAUUUCUUUCUUUUCUUUUGAAAUAUUUGGGCUCAUAUGCAGCCAUGCACCUUUGAACUGUAGUUUCAACAUAGUGUUGAUAAAAAUGGAUUAUCGGCAUCGACCAUAACCCCCUUUCCGUUCCUGAGUUCAAUAAAGAGUGUUUGAUCUAUAAA